UAUGUAAACUCGCGAACACAAAAUAAUAGCUGUGACCAUGUAUUUCAAUGUUUUAUAUUUAUUUCCCACAUUCAUUUAUAACACACAAAAAAAGAAUGUUGUGUAUUACUGGUUGCAUCCCACAGGGGCUUUGCUACGUAGCUGUGAUUGUAGGUUAUGAUUUUGUACCUUCGUUAUUGGUACCUAUUAUUUUUAAAUAUUGUUUUUAUUUAUAAAGUAUGGAACCUAAAGAUUUGCGACAGUUAAUUUUAAGUGCAACUGAACCAUUUCUUAUUAAAAACCAACUAAAUUGGGCUCCUCUUACGUGGACGUUAGACGAUUGGCAGCAAGUUUUAAAAGACGAAAAAUUAAUUUUUCGUUGUGGGCGAAAGCUAUUUACAAAGGAACCACAAUGGGAAAGAAAAACAGUCACCAAGAACGCGACUUUUAAAGAAUUUUUAUCAUCAAUGACAACAGAGAAUCAGAACUGGAUGUACUUUGACUACAAAUACUUAAAAGAAUGGUUUCACGGUAUUAAGGAUUUGAAAGAUAGUAUUAACUGGAGCAAAUUUGGUUUUCCUGAGUUAACGUUUGAAGAUUCAACCAUAUGGAUAGGCUCAGCUGGAGCCCAUACACCAUGCCAUGUAGACACAUAUGGGUGUAACUUAAUUGCUCAAAUUUAUGGCAGAAAACAGUGGGUUUUGUGUUCACCAGAGACAGAUUUAAAACCUACAAGAGUUCCUUAUGAGGAAUCCAGCAUUUAUUCAAACCUCAAUUUUUUCAGCCCAAAUGUAGAGGAUUUCACAGGAGUUAAAAAUUGCAGGAAAAUUAUUCUAGAACCUGGAGAUGUAUUAUUUGUGCCACACAAAUGGUGGCAUUAUGUGGAAAAUUUAGACACAGGAAUAAGUAUCAAUGUUUGGUUACCACUGCCAAUAGAUGAUAAAGAACGACUGAAAGAAUCCUUGGUUCAGUUGUUUAUUGCGCAGAUUACAAAAAAUCUCAACAAAGAAGAGAAAGACAUGAUCUUAAAUCCAAAUUCAGAUGAGAGCAUUGAAAGCACAUCCAUACAUGCCUCAAUAAAUUUAAUUAAGAUGUGUACAAACAUUGUCAAGAGUACCAAGGAACCUGAAGAUAACAUUAACGAGGAAAGUGGAACAUACUAUAAAAAAUUUUCAUUUUUACACCCAAUACCUAUAUUAUCAGAUGAAGAUUUUUUAACUUUUUUGAAAGAACAAAAAAAUCGAUUUAAUAAUAUAGAAAAUGAAGCAGGAAGUUGUGAUACCAAAGAAUUAGCUAAUUUGGUGAAUGCGUUUACUCAUGCUGAUGUAAUAUCAUUAAUAGAAAGUAAAUUAUUACAAUGAAUAAAAAUAUAAUUGAUUCAC